AUGUCUACUCCUUGGGUAUCGUCCUGUGCUGCUAGUGCUACUACUACUACUACUACCACCACCACCACCACUACUACUGCUGCACAUUUGCAUAGGUCAGUAUCCAAAUUUAGUUUUGAAACAUCUACUCCUCACGCAUCAGAUUUCAUCACUGCCGAAAAUAUCAAAAACCAUUGCGCUCGAGCUAGCUAUUGUGAUGAUACGAUGCACAACAAUUUCCAACUAGAGUCCAAUUCCAAAUCAAACAAGCAGACACCGAGUGGUCCACUAGGUACGCACAGUAACAAAGACCAUAAUCUCCACAACCAAGACAAAGCGUCUUUGGCCUCAUUAGCGUCAUCAUCAUCACCGUCUCAUACCAAUCACCACCACCACCACCAGCACCACAGCCACAGCCACAACCGACAGUAUAGUUUUGAGUACUCGCAACUGGAAUUAGAUGAUCCAAUUACAAACCCCAAUGUGGCAUCGUCGCCAGUACACGUCAACGGAACCACUACAACACCGUCAAAGGCACAAAAUAGAAAAAUUGACUUGAGUAAAGGAGACUUUUCAGCAUCAUCACCCCGGCAACAGAACCCAAACCUACAUUCGUUUCAGCAACCCCCAAAUACCGUCCUUUCGCAUGGGUACACCUCAUCCAUCUCGUCAGUAUCGUCUACUGGCUCGAUACCGUCAUCACCUGGAAUGAUCAACUACUCGCCCAAACAUUCAAGAAUCGCAAACUCGUUCAAUAUGCAAAAGAAUAUGAAAAACUUGUCUUUAAACUUGAACGACUCCAAUGGGUCCUCCAACCCACUGAAUAACACCACACUUGCAUCGAAAAGACUGAAGCUAUCUGACUCAACUACAAAUACAACUACAUCUUCAUCUGAUAAACUGCAGCUUCUCAACUUUACCAAGCCUUUGUUCCAAAAUAGUACAAUAUACUCUGAAGACGCAUUACAAACGCCAUCAGUUACUCAUACCCCUACAUUACCACCACAAAACCCUCCAGCGCUUCACCAACACCAAUGCGAUGGAGAUUCGGACAUCGAUACAAGAAGCACUCAUGCUACCCUAUCCAAACCUUACAAAUUUCCUCUGGACAUCACCGGCCUGCGACAAGAAGUCAAUACAGUUUCGUUGAAAGCUAUUGCUAAUGAUACACUCAAUGAAAGAAUCCAGCCACCAAUGCCACCACCGUUUGCACCGAAUUCCAAAGCUUCACCUUUAUCAACCCCACCCAGAUUACAUAGCCCUAUGCGUUUGGACAAUCAGGUUGUACAGCCCCCACAACAGCACAAUUCGCCAACAAAGUUGCUGCGCAACAUCAAGAAAAUGUCAAUAGAAUCUCCUUUGGAAACUAACUUUCAUAAAUCUGACGUUCACCCCAACUUCCAUCCCCAUGCAAACACUCCGCAGAGCGUAACUUACAAUGCCAAAAAGUUUCAGUUUCCUGAAGAACUUCAAGAAACAACUGGAAUAAAUGCGUACCCCAACGGACCGCGAAAUGUUCUUAACCAAAAGAUUUUUCUCUAUUCUGACCCACUGAACAAAGUUGAUAUCAAUCGUUACGAUUUGGUUAUAAAUGUUGCUAAAGAGUGUACCAAUCUAUCGUCGCAUUUCACAAACCAGAAAGAACAUGUUCGAGAGUAUGUUCACAUUCCGUGGUCACACACGUCUGCCAUUUCGAAAGACUUGAUGGAUUUGACUCACAAAAUCGAUUGGUAUUACCAAAGGGAUAUGAAGGUGCUUGUCCAUUGCCAAUGUGGGGUCAGUAGAAGUGCUUGUGUGAUUGUGGCAUAUUUCAUGAUGAAGUUUGGUCUUGGUGUCAAUGCAGCUUAUGAAAUGUUGAAAAAUGGCUCUGUGACAAGUUUAGAUUCAAAGCUAGCCACAAGCACAAGCGUGGACAAAUGUGAACGAAUUUGCCCAAAUAUGAGUUUGAUUUUCGAGUUGAUGGAGUUUGGUGAUAAAUUGAACAAGUCAGAAUUCAGCAUACUGCAGUUAUUGGCUGGCUCUCCAACACAAAUGAGCUUGUGA